AUGAUUGGUGUUAGUGAUUGUGCUUAUCGUGAAAAGUGCCCGGACAAGUGGACGAAGGCAGUGAAAGUCUAUUAUCAUGAGAAUUACAUAAGCGAUGAAAGAGAGGAUAUAGCAAUACUUGAACUCGGUGAAAAUAUUCCCAAAGCUAAGGCGAUACCCAUUUGUUUGCCGAAGGAGAACGAAGAGAUUUACCAUAACCUCAAGGCAAUAGGAGCAGGCGCAACCGGACCCAACGGUACAUUAAAUCCACCUGAUGGGCAGCAAAUCGUUGACGUCACAUUCUCACAAUUAGAAAACAGCGUGAUAUUUGUAAAAACCGCUCCAAAAGUCGGAAUAUGUAACGGUGAUAGUGGAGGUCCGCUUUUCCAAACUAACAGUGAAAACAGAAAUGUGCAAAUGGGAGUGAUGUCUAGAGGCGAUUCAUGCGAGAAACAUUACAAAAAAUCACGAAGCAGUCGCCACUACAAAGAUGAUGCGGUGGAUGAAUUCACAGACGUGCGUCAAUAUGUAGACUGGAUAUGUGAGAAAACAGGUGUUUGCAAUCAAAAUCAAGGUCUUCAUCAAGCAAACUACGAUUGA